AGUUCUGUUCUGUUCCAGUUUCCAGUAAGCUGAUCCUGCUGGCAGAGGCUCGUGGGGAGACUUCCUUUUCUGGAAGGACCUGAUGCAUCGUGUUAAUGAUCCUCCCUCUCUCUCUCUCUCUCUGUCUCUCUGUCUCUCUACUGGCCUGUCAGAGGAGUGAAGAGUCUCAUUUCAUAUCACAACGUCUGUGCAGGGAGCAACAGCAGAAAUCACCCAGCCGGCAGAGUGAGGAGACCGUGUGGAUCACGCCCCCCUUCUUCUGCUUCAGCCUUUGCACUCUGUCUCUCUUUUACCAGUAACACCAUUUCACACUUUUCUCAUCCUCUGUCUGUCUCACCAGCCAGUUUUUUUUUCUGCCUUUUCUCACUCUCGUUCUGCUUCUCUUCCUCUUCCUCCUCUCUCCCAUUUUUUGUUCUUUUGUCUUUGUCUCUUUCUCUUUGAGCGUCUCCAGCCUCAGGUAGGCAGCACCACAUCCAGCCAGGAAUACACUUCUUUUUUUUUUCUUCCUUCCUCCCUUCAUCUUCCACAUCCUCCUCCUCUUCAUCUUUCUCCUCCUCCUCUAUCUCCCCACUCUCCUCCUGCCUCCACGCCCUGCCUCUGAGUGCGCCGGAGAGAGUCGCCAAUUGCGCACGGCAAAGGCAGCAAGUGGGAGUGGACCUUGGGCGAGCGCGCGUGUCUGUGUGUGAGCGCGAGUGUGUGUUUGUGAACGUGGAGAGGAAGAGGAGUGGAAGAAGAGGAGGAGGAGGAGGAGGUGGAGGAGGAGGAGGGAGAGAGAGAGAGAGAGCAUCAGCACAGUCCUCCCAGUCUCUCCUCUCUUCACGCGCACUCCCACUCUGCAUGGAACAAUCCUUCCUUCACUGCCUCAGAAUGGACAUUUCUGUGGCAACGUUUCGCCAGUGAAGACAGCAGCCACUGCCGCUCCACUCCACAAGCUCCUACAUGCUGGAUUAAAACAAAAAAAAAAAGUGAGGAGAGGAGUGGAACAGGGGGAGAUCUCUGAACAUGAGUGAGGAAGCUAAGGAGAAAGCAGGCGGCGGGAAAGCAGCCCAUCGCAAGAAGAAAGGCAAAAAGUCUGACAGUAAUGCCAGCUACCUGCGAGCCGCCCGGGCAGGGAACCUCGAAAAGGUUCUCGACUACCUCAAAUCUGGGGUUGAGAUCAACAUCUGUAAUCAGAAUGGUCUGAACGCUCUCCAUCUAGCCUCCAAAGAGGGGCACGUCGAGGUUGUUGCUGAGCUGCUGAAGCUCGAAGCUGCUGUGGAUGCGGCCACAAAGAAAGGAAACACUGCUCUGCACAUAGCCUCACUGGCUGGCCAAACGGAAGUCGUCAAAGAGCUGGUCAAUAAUGGAGCCAAUGUCAACGCACAAUCUCAGAAUGGCUUCACUCCUCUGUACAUGGCUGCCCAGGAGAAUCACCUUGAGGUGGUCCGGUUCCUUCUGGAGAACAGCGCCAGUCAGAGUAUGGCCACUGAGGACGGCUUCACGCCUUUGGCGGUGGCCCUCCAGCAGGGCCAUGACCAGGUGGUCUCCCUGCUGCUGGAGAACGAUACAAAGGGCAAGGUACGCCUGCCUGCCCUGCACAUCGCUGCCCGCAAGGACGACACCAAGGCCGCGGCCCUGCUCCUGCAGAACGACCACAACGCGGACGUUGAGUCCAAGAGCGGUUUCACCCCCCUCCACAUCGCGGCUCACUAUGGCAACAUUAACGUGGCCACGCUCCUGCUGAACAGAGGGGCUGCCGUCGACUUCAUGGCUCGGAAUGACAUCACGCCGCUUCAUGUGGCAUCAAAAAGGGGCAACAGCAACAUGGUCAAGUUGUUGCUGGACAGAGGGUCCAAAAUUGAUGCAAAGACCAAGGAUGGGCUGACACCUCUUCACUGUGGGGCGAGGAGCGGGCACGAGCAGGUGGUAGAAAUACUACUAGACCGAGGAGCUCCUUUCCUGUCCAAGACCAAGAACGGUCUGUCGCCGCUGCACAUGGCCACUCAGGGGGACCACCUGAACUGCGUCCAGCUCCUGCUCCAGCACGAUGUACCGGUGGACGAUGUCACCAACGACUACCUGACGGCGCUGCACGUCGCUGCCCACUGCGGUCACUACAAGGUGGCCAAGCUCAUCGUGGACAAGAAGGCCAACCCGAACGCCAAGGCCCUGAAUGGUUUCACUCCGCUUCACAUCGCCUGCAAGAAGAACAGAGUGAAAGUGAUGGAGCUGCUGCUUAAACAUGGAGCGUCUAUCCAGGCGGUCACUGAGUCUGGCCUGACGCCCAUCCAUGUGGCAGCCUUCAUGGGCCACGAGAACAUUGUCCACGCGCUCACACACCACGGAGCUUCGCCCAACACGACCAAUGUAAGAGGCGAGACAGCUCUCCACAUGGCAGCCAGGGCAGGCCAGGCAGACGUAGUCCGAUACCUGCUCAAGAACGGAGCCAAGGUGGAGACCAAGUCCAAGGAUGACCAGACAGCGCUGCACAUCUCCAGUCGGCUGGGGAAAGUCGACAUCGUCCAGCAGCUGCUGCAGUGCGGCGCCUCUGCCAACGCUGCCACCACCUCAGGCUACACCCCCCUUCACCUGGCUGCCCGCGAAGGACACCAGGAUGUUGCGACCAUGCUGCUGGAGAACGGAGCCUCGCUGUCCUCCUCCACUAAGAAAGGGUUCAGCCCCCUUCAUGUGGCAGCAAAGUACGGCAAGAUGGAGGUGGCCAGUCUCCUGCUACAGAAGAGAGCUGCGCCGGAUGCUGCUGGGAAGAGCGGGCUAACUCCACUGCAUGUAGCUGCUCACUACGAUAAUCAGAGAGUAGCACUGCUGCUGCUGGAUCAGGGAGCUUCCCCACAUGCUGCCGCCAAGAAUGGCUACACGCCGCUCCACAUCGCUGCCAAAAAGAACCAAAUGGACAUUGGGACCACACUGCUGGAGUACGGCGCCGACACCAACGCGGUGACGCGGCAAGGCAUCGGCCCCAUUCACCUGGCAGCGCAGGAGGGCAGCGUGGACCUGGUGUCACUGCUGCUGGCCAAGAACGCCAACGUCAAUGUGUGCAAUAAGAGCGGACUUACACCACUCCACCUAGCAGCUCAGGAAGACAAGGUCAACGUUGCAGAAGUCCUUCUCAACCACGGGGCCGACGUCAACCCAGCAACAAAGAUGGGUUACACGCCGCUGCACGUGGCCUGCCACUAUGGCAACGCGAAGAUGGCGAACUUCCUGCUGCAGAACCACGCCAGAGUCAAUGGCAAAACCAAGAACGGGUACACUCCUCUACACCAGGCAGCUCAGCAGGGCCACACCCACAUCAUCAACCUGCUGCUUCAGCACGGGGCCUCGGCCAAUGAGCUCACCGUGAACGGGAACACUGCCCUAUCCAUCGCCUGUCGCCUUGGGUACAUCUCUGUGGUGGACACUCUGCGGCCCAUGACGGAUGAAAACCUCACCACCAUGAGCGCAUCAGAAAAACACAAAAUCAACGUCCCGGAGACCAUGAACGAGUACCUCGACAUGUCGGACGAUGAAGGUGAGGAUGCAAUGACCGGGGACACGGACAAAUACCUGCGGCCUCAGGACCUCAAGGAGCUGGGGGACGACUCUCUCCCUCAGGAGGGGUACAUGGGCUUCAGCAUAGGGGCCCGCUCAGCCAGCCCUAGAAUCAGCCUCCGCUCCUUCAGUUCGGAUAGGUCCAACACGCUCAACCGGAGCUCCUUCGCACGAGACAGUAUGAUGAUCGAGGAGAUUCUGGCACCCACGAAGGACACGCUUCAGAGUGUCUGUAAAGACAUUUCCUACUUGGUUGACCCCCUCAAUAAGCACCUGGCUGUGACCAGAGACUACAGCUCGGAGUGUAUGCGGCGCUACAGCUGGACCCCGGACACCGUGGACCACAGCCACAACACUGUGUCCAGCCCCAUUCACUCUGGCUUGUCCUCCCCGCUCCCUCAGUAUGACUCCAGGUUCUUGGUGAGCUUCAUGGUGGACGCCCGCGGUGGUUCUAUGAGAGGCAGCCGCCACAAUGGCAUGCGCAUCAUCAUCCCUCCCAGGAAGUGCACGGCGCCCACACGCAUCACCUGCCGUCUGGCCAAAAGGCACAAGCUGGCCUAUCCCCCACCCAUGGUGGAGGGAGAGGGGCUGGUCAGCCGGCUGGUGGAGGUCGGACCGGCUGGGGCUCAGUUCCUCGGUCCCGUCAUUGUGGAGAUUCCUCAUUUUGGUUCCAUGCGGGGGAAAGAAAGGGAGCUGAUUGUUUUGAGGAGUGACAACGGUGACACUUGGAAGGAGCAUCAGGCCGACACCAGACCAGAGGACCUCACUGAUCUGCUGACUGGAAUGGAUGAAGAGCUGGACAGUCCUGCCGAGCUGGAGAAGAAGCGCAUUUGUCGCAUCGUCACCAGAGAUUUCCCGCAGUACUUUGCUGUGGUGUCACGUAUCAAGCAGGAGUCGAACCACAUGGGUCCCGACGGCGGCAUGCUGUCCAGCAGCACUGUGCCCAUGGUCCAGGCCUCGUUCCCACAGGGGGCGCUCACCAAGAGGAUCCGUGUUGGCCUGCAGGCCCAGCCUGUGCCAGAUGACAUGGUGAGAGCGGUCCUUGGGAACAGAGCCACCUUCAGCCCCAUCGUCACUGUGGAGCCCAGGAGGAGGAAGUUUCACAAGCCGAUCACCAUGACGAUCCCUGUUCCACCGAGAUCGGCAGAAGGCCAUCCCAGCGGCCACCGGGGCGACUCUGCCCCCUGCCUGCGUCUGCUCUGCAGCAUCACAGGAGGGACAUCUCCUGCCCAGUGGGAGGACAUCACCGGGACCACACCGCUGUCCUUUGUAACUGAUUGUGUCUCCUUCACCACAAAUGUGUCGGCCAGGUUCUGGCUCGCAGACUGUCACCAGAUUCCUGAGACGGUGAGUCUAGCGUCUCAGUUAUACCGGGAGCUGAUCUGCGUGCCGUACCUGGCCAAGUUUGUGGUGUUCGCCAAGAGUAACGACACCGUUGAGGCUCGGCUGCGCUGCUUCUGCAUGACGGAUGACAAGGUGGACAAGACCCUCGAGCAGCAGGAGAACUUUGAGGAAGUAGCCCGGAGCAAAGACAUCGAGGUUCUCGAAGGCAAACCUAUCCACGUGGACUGCUAUGGCAACCUGUCCCCUCUCACCAAAAGUGGGCAGCAGUUGGUUUUUAACUUCUACUCCUUCAAGGAAAAUAGACUUCCUUUCAACGUGAAGGUCAGAGAUAUGGGCCAGGAGCCGUGUGGCCGCCUCUCCUUCCUGAGAGAGCCUAAAACCACCAAAGGCCUUCCACAGACUGCCAUAUGCAAUUUGAAUAUCACACUGCCAACCCACAAGAAGGAUAUGGAGUCUGAUCCUGAUGAUGAGACUGAAAAGCCAGAGCGACGUCAUACCUUUGCCUCCUUAGCUUUGCGUAAGCGCUACAGCUAUUUGACCGACCCUGCAGCGAAAACAACUGAUCGAAGCUCGCCGAGAACACAGCCUACUAGCUACCCUCACAAACCUGUCUUUUCAACGAAGUCUUAUCAGGCGUGGUCGCCUGUUCCUGUCGCCAUCUCUGGCCAAGCCAAGUCUGGGUUUGGCUCCCUCUCCAGUUCAUCAUCCAACACGCCCUCUGCCUCUCCAUUAAAGUCAGUUUGGUCCAUCAACUCUGCCUCCCCCAUCAAGACCAACAUCCCUGGAUCACCCGCCUCCUCUGUUAAGUCAGUUAGUGACAUGGCCUCUCCCAUCCGAUCUUACAGAACCAUCUCCUCUCCUAUAAAAACUGUAGUCCAGCAAUCCCCAUACCAAGCCCAGGUCACCCCCAGUCCCCUGGCAUCACCAGGUAAAAGUGCCCCAGAUCCUAUGUCAAUGAAAGGACUGGCAGCAUUGUCUGCUAGGACCUCCCCUAUCACUGUGUCUGGAGGAGGAAGCCCUCUUCUUGAGAGAGCAUCCAUAGGCAUGACACCACCAACUUCUCCAAAAUCAUCUCUGAGUAUGUUCAGUUCACCUCUGCCAUAUAAGACUGUAAUGGCAGGGUCUGGUGGUACAGCACCUUCCUCCUCACCUAUAAAAACAGUCCCUGGUCUUUCCUCUGUACGUUCCUUUGCCUCAGAUGCCAUUGGCCCUGCAAGGAACCUGUUCUCCUCUCUUUCGUCACCACUUAAAUCCAACAAUCCCCCAAGUGCUGCAGCUCUGAUCAAUGGAACUGUGUCACCUACACAGUACCGCUCUUCAUCCCCUACAUCUCUUCUCACAAGUAGUCUGCAAGAGAGAAUACAAGCAACCACCAAUGCUGCAACUACAAGUGUCAAUGCAGCCUUUGAUGAGGUUGAAAAAACAUUCAAUUCUUGUUCGGCAGGCUAUGGCACCUUGAAGUCCAUGUCCUCUUCUGCAUCCUCCUCAUAUCAGUCCAUUAGAUCAUCAGCUUCAAAUUCCCUUUACGCCUCUCUAAGAUCUCCUCCUAAUGCCACCACUGCUGUAACAUCAAGUACAAUGACCGUUCCAGUCUACUCUGUCAUUAAUGUGCUGCCAGAGCCCCAUUUCAAAAAGUUACCUGAGGUGUCCAAGUCAGCAGCUGCACUUUUGUCCCCACGGAAGACUGUGCCCCCUGAGGUGAAUGCUCAGUUGCAGUCUUCCUUUGCCAGAACUCUUUCCCCUAUCAAAGCCCCUCUUUUUUCUGCUGGCCUGAAAUCAAACACCACAUCACCAAUGUCAUCCAGUCAAGAGAUUCUGAAGGAUGUAGCCGAAAUGAAAGAGGACCUGAUACGAAUGUCAGCCAUUCUGCAGACAGACCCAAAUUCCACAGCCAACAAAGGGUUUCAGUCUGACUCUCCGAAAGAGGCUCGGAUAGAGGACGAGGAGCCAUAUAGGAUUGUUGAGAAAGUAAAACAAGAUUUGGUGAAAGUGAGUGAAAUCCUUACUAAGGAUUCUGUGAAGGAUGGAAGGGUUUCCCUGGCAAGGGGCUCUUUGGAUGACAUCCACUUCUCAAAAGUACAAGUUGAACAACCACCAAGCAAUUGGAGCUAUCCACCAAGAUAUGAGACUGUGGUUCCUCAAGCCAAAUCCAAAACAAUACCAGAUAGAGAUUUCAAUCUUUCCAAAGUGGUUGACUACCUGGUCAAUGAUGUUGGUAGCAGCUCUUUCUCAAAAAUGCAUGAAACAAGGCAUAAAGCAGAUGAGGGCAAGAGAGAAGGAGAGGGCAAGGAGAAGCAGAAACGUGUCCUAAAACCCACCAUAGCAGUUCAGGAGCAUAAACUUAAAAUGCCUCCAACAAGCAUGCGCUCAUCACCUUCAGACAAAGAGAUCAGUAAAGUAGCAGAUGCACUUUUUGGAGCAGACACUGUGCUAGAAUCCCCUGAUGAUAUCUCACAUGAACAGGAUAAAAGCCCCCUCUCAGACAGCGGCUUUGAGACCAGGAGUGAAAGGACACCCUCUGCCCCUCAGAGUGCAGAAGGCAUGGGCCCCAAGGCCCUUUUUCAGGAUAUUCCAGUUCCCCCAGUGAUCACUGAAACUAGGACUGAGGUUGUCCAUGUCAUCAGGAGCUAUGAGUCCCCAGAGGACAGCAAACAACCUGCAAUGGAGGAUGCACAUCCUGUCAGAUAUAUUGAUUCAGAUUCUAAAGGUCACCUAAAUCAAGCCCCAUCAAUGCCAGAACAGAAUAAAUGCUAUUCAAUAAAAGUCAGCCCUGAUGAGGAUCCAAUGGGAAAAGGGAUGAGGGUAAAGGAGGAGACUCACAUCACUACAACCACCAGGAUGGUUUACCACAAGCCAACUGGCAAAGAAGCAGCGUCAGAGAGGUGUGAGGAAACUAUGUCUGUGCAUGACAUAAUGAAGGCUUUUCAGUCAGGCAAGGACCCUUCAAGAGAGCUGGUUGGACUGUUCGAACACAAGUCUGGCAAUGAGGACACGUCACAAAGAGUCCUUGAGGACAUUAACUCCAAACCUAAAGUUGAAAGAAUAAUUGAGGUUCAUAUUGAAAAAGGCAGUAAAGCAGAACCAACAGAGGUGAUCAUCAGAGAGACAAAAAACCAUGCAGAGAAGGAAAUGUAUUACUACCCAGGGAAUAGACUGGAAGAGGAGGAGCCUGAGGAAUCGCUUCCAGUGUACCUUGACUCUCCCAGAGUGAACACACCAAUGUCACAAGAGGAAGACAGUCGCCCUAGCUCAGCCCAGCUUAUGGCAGAUGACUCCUACAAAACACUAAAGCUACUUAGUCAGCAAUCGGUAGAAUACAACGAGGAUGAAUCAUCAGAACUUAGGGGAGAAUCUUACAAUUUUGCAGAGAAAAUGCUUCUCUCUGAGAAAUUUGACCAGUCUCAUUCUGACACAGAGGAAUAUCUGAGAGAUAGGUCUCGCUUCCACUCACCAGACAGAAGCAGUCACAGUGAGGGUAGAUCAGCUGGGCCAAGGACAGAGUAUGUCUUCAGGUCAUCGAGAAAUGUGUUUGACAAGUCUGGAAGAAUGGCUAAUGUUGAUGAUAGCUUUGACAAGCUGACACUUUUGCAGUAUUCUUCAGAGCCUGGUAGCCCAAAGCAGUCUGUUUGGAUGCGUGUACCAGAUGACUCCCAGAGUAAGGACAGAGAGCAGCUUAUGUAUGAGGACAGAGUUGACAGGACUGUUAAGGAGGCAGAGGAAAAACUAAGUGAGGUAUCUCAAUUCUUUCGUGACAAAACAGAACAGCUCAAUGAUGAGCUUUCAUCUCCAGAGAAGAAAUCGCGCAGACCAGACUUUAGAGAAUCACGAUCAGGGCCUAGCUCUACACACAGCAGUCCAGAGAGGUCACCCUAUAGGAAUGGGGGUAGUGGGGAAGAGUGGAGCAGAGAAAGGCUUAGAGACAGGUUUAGCUCCAGUGACAGGAAAUGUGCUAGUUUACCCAGUAGUCCAGAAAGGAGAGUAUUGCUGCAGUACAGUGAUUCAGACCCAAGGAGACAAGGAGAUGGUAAAGCACAGGGAAGCACAGGUGAAAGCCCUAAACCUUUUCAAAUGUCCUCCUCCAAAGUCAGUGCAGUGAGGCUAAAGUUUGAACAAGAGGCUCAAAGGCAAGAUAGGAGUUCUCAGGUUAACCAGAAUACAAAUCCUCCUAUUAGGAAACUCCAGGAAAGUAAGCUACCAGUGUACCAGGUGUUUGCUGGUUCAAACAUUCCAAAGACACCUGAUAGUCCAGGAAACCAGAGGAGAUGUUCAGAUAAUGAAUCAAAUAAAUUCUCACCCAAGCAUGAGAACAAUGGAAAAGAUCAGGAAGAGAAAAAGUUCUGCAAAACCUGGGAAAGCCAAGAGUAUGGGAACUAUAAGCCACAAUCUCCCAAACCAGCUCGUUCUUUAAUCCAAGAUUCUAUGAAAGAUGGUAAUAAUGGUGAAAGACAAGAAACCACCAAGAAAAUAAUCUACACAGAAUUUGUUGUCCGAGAAAGUCCAAAUAGUAAUGAUAGUCUAAAAAAAAACUCGGAAUCGCAAAUUCCUGUAAGAAAGCCAUCUAAUUUCUCAGAAAAUCAUAAAUCCACCACUUUAAAAUUAGACGCCUCUGUUGAUGAGAGGGGAGGGUCUCAUAUACCUACAUUAGCUAGAAAUCGGUUACACAGUAGCUCUGACUCCAACAAGUCUACUCGUGGAUCAUCAAUAGGAAAAUCCACAGACUCAUCAGACAGUAGCCAAUCAAAUGUAGUGUGUAAUGGUGUUGAUAGUGACCAAGUAGAUUAUUUGGAUCAAGUAACUCCUGUAGUUGUCACAGAGGGUUUCAAAGAUAUUAAACCCUUACCUGUGUAUGUUAGUAUCCAAGUAGGAAAGCAAUAUGAGAAAGAAACAGCCUCGGGACAGUUGGGAACGUACAAAAAGAUAGUAAGCCAUGAGAGUAGGACAGUGCAUGAGACUAGGGGUGCAUUUUACACUGUAAAGCAAAAGCAGUCUCCAUCUCCUCAAGGAAGUCCAGAAGAUGACACUCUUGAACAAGUGACAUUCAUGGACAGCUCUGGGAAAAGUCCCGUUACCCCUGAGACCCCCAGCUCAGAGGAAAUGAGUCUGACCUCAAGAACACCAGACUCUGUGAUAGGCUUCAUGCCUGGCAUGCCAAGCCCAAUCCCUGAGGAGUCUGAGGAGGAAGAAGCGAAGACCUUCAUCUACAAGGAGCCUUCAAAGGAAAAACAUAAGCCAUCUUCAUCAGAGAGUCACAGUAAAAAACAGGAUGCAGAGAAACAGAAGCCAAAGGAGAAAAGAGUGGCUUAUAUAGAGUUUCCACCUCCUCCACCUUUAGAGGCAGAGCAGUCGGACCCUGAGAAAAAGGGGUCGCGUGCUUCUUCCGAGGCAGAAACGGAGAUGAUGGAGGUGAACCUCCAAGAGGAACAUGAUAGGCACCUCUUAGCCGAGCCAAUCAUAAGGGUCCAGCCACCAUCCCCUAUUCCCCCUGGAGCUGAUAACAGUGACUCCAGUGAUGAUGAAUCUGUCUUCCAUCCCAUCCCUAUCAAAAAGUACACAUUCAAAAUGAAAGAGGAGGGAGACAAACGUUCAAAACCAAAAAAAUCAGAGAAAAAUGGAAACAAAGACUCUGGGCUCAAUGGCGUUGUAAAGGGUGAGGAUGAUGACUUUGAACAAAAUGGUAAUGACCAGUCAAUCACGGACUGCUCCAUAGCAACCACUGCUGAGUUCUCCCAUGACACAGAUGCAACUGAAAUAGACUCUUUAGAUGGGUAUGACCUUCAGGAUGAAGAUGACGGACUGAGCGAGGACCCCAAAACAUCUAGUCUGUCCAAUGAUGGAAAAACAACCGAUCGCUCAUUUAGUCAGUCGAAGCUCGAAGUUAUUGAGGAAGAAAAAUGUGAGGAAGGGGGGGAUAAUGGAAAGACUAAAACCAGCACAUCUUCCGCAAAAAGCAGUGGAGAUGAAAAAGAUUAUACCCUCGAAGGAAGGCAUCCAGAAAGGCAGGGCUUUGCUGAAAACUACUUUGGUUACCAACUUGAGGAGGAGCUGAAUUCAACUUUUAAAACUGUUGCCACCAAAGGCCUGGACUUUGACCCCUGGUCCACCAAAGGGGGCGAUAAUGAUGUUUUUGAGUCCAAAACAAAAGAGGAGGACCCAAAGCCCUUUGGUUUAUCGGUGGAGGACAAGUCACAGGCCACAACACCUGACACAACCCCUGCUCGAACACCGACUGACGAGAGCACACCGACUAGUGAGCCUAAUCCCUUCCCUUUCCAUGAAGGGAAGAUGUUUGAGAUGACCCGCAGUGGUGCUAUUGACAUGAGCAAGCGGGACUUUGUUGAAGAGAGGCUUCAGUUUUUCCAGAUUGGUGAGCAUUCCUCUGACCCUAAAACAGGGGAAAAGGGGAGAGGGGGCAAGAUCCUGGGGGUAAUUACCUCUCAGUCAAAAACAGGGGAGAGGGCCACAGUAGAUGGGAUGGUGAAAGUUAUAGAUACUACCACAGACAGCAGCACUACACCAACAACACCAGCAACAACAACAAAAUGCAGCCCUGCACAGCCUGGCGGUGACACUGGCUAUACCGGUACUGAUGCCCCCACCUGUGAAGCCAUAGCUGAGACCGCCUCCUCAUGCACAAUCACAGCCUCUAAGGUUGAUCCCAAAUUACGCACUCCUAUUAAGAUGGGCAUAGCUGCCUCGAUAACUGUGAAAAAAGACACAGGGGAUCUCACCGAUUGUAAAGCUGAGAUGUCAGAGGGUCAGAUGGUGCCAGAAUACAUCAGUAUAGAGGGUCAGUGUACAGAGAGCCAGUCUAGUAGACACACCGAACCCAAGUUAGAAAGAAGAGAUUACCCUUCUGAAAACUGCAACAACAACAAUAACCUUGAGUCCUCCAGUGUUCAGGCAAACUACAUUCAGUGUGGCAGUGUGGUGUUUAAUUUGCAGUCCUCCUCUGAGCCCACUCUUCAGAAAGCUAGCAGGAUAGAAACACUGUGCUGUAGGGAAAUAGAGGAGAGGGUUGAGGUACACAGCAGCAAUCCAGUGCAAGAGCAGAAAAGUGAAGAAGUUAAAGAAAGUGAGGUGAAGCAGCCCAAGUCGAGGCUUCCAGUUAAAGCAUCAGGGUGGUCAUUUCACACGCAGGGAACAGCCAUAGGCAAACAGAAGCCCAAGCAGGCGGUGACCGUUGAGGUCAGGAAAAGAGGAGAGCCAGCCAUAGCCAAAGUAGAGCCCAGGUCUAGAAUACCAAUCAAGGAUGUUAAAAAGAGUAGCCCUGCUGCAGCAGCUAGCUCAGUUGUUUCAGUUCGGGUUUCCUCACAGCCAACAAGGGCAUUGGACAAAGACAGAGCAGCCAUACAGUUGCCCUCAAGGCUACCACUGAAGGAUAGGCAUCAGGUCAGCAAUGUCACAACAGAGGGAGCAUGCAGACAGGGCAGAAAGGAGAACCCUAGUGAGGUUUGUAAGCGCACCAUCGAAUACUUUAAAGGCAUUAGCGGGGAGACGCUAAAGUUGGUGGACCGACUGUCAGACGAGGAGAAAAAGACGCAGACAGAGCAGUCGGAGGAAGACAGCACCUCCCGGAGCACCUCUCUGUCGGACGCCUCCCAGCCUUCCCAGCCCUCCCAGCCCUCCCGCUCAUCCAGGUCUGGUAGAGGUUCGAGGGCUGAGGCCGGGGCCGCGUCCGUAAGGGCAAAGGUGGCGACGACGGACAGGGCCUCCGGCAGUGAGAGAAGCAGGAGGAGUAGGCGGACUGGUGGGAAGGAGGGCAGUCAGGGACUCACAGGGUCUCGAACGCCUCCCAUCGCGGAGAUCAAGCCUAGUCCCCAGAGUCCUUGUGAGCGAACGGAUCUGCGCAUGGCUAUCGUUGCAGAUCACCUGGGACUCAGUUGGACAGAGCUGGCUCGGGAGAUGAACUUCACAGUGGAUGAGAUCAACCACAUCAGACUAGAGAACCCCAACUCUUUGACAGCACAGAGCUUCAUGCUUCUUAAGAAAUGGGUCAGUCGGGAAGGGAAAAACGCCACAACGGAUGCCUUAACUGCAGUGCUGACCAAAGUCAAUCGGAUGGAUAUUGUGACUUUGCUGGAGGGCCCAAUAUUUGACUAUGGUAACAUUUCAGGCACGAGAUGUUUUGCCGAUGAUAACGCUGUUUUCCGGGAUCAGGCUGAUGAUUAUCAGAGCAUUCUAGCGGAGCUGCAGUCCCCCGCUGCACUGCACUCCGACCCCCACUUCCUGGAGCCUGAACUCCCCGUCACUCCCAACCCUUCCCUUGCCACCCACCAACACCACGUUUACCCAGAACCAGACACCCCUUUGCUGGCCGACUCCCAGCCUCAGCCCCUGCCCUGGAGCCCAGAGAUAGAGUCCGGUAGCGCGGAGCCAGACAGCCCCCCUAGGAGCCCCCCCAGACCCUGUGAGCUCGCCCUGUCCGUUCCAGUGUUUGAAAUCCCCGAUCCUGUUACCCCCAAGGUCACAAAGCCCCACAUCGCUCUGAACGACGAGCUGCUUCUGAGCGAGGAGGAGGACAGGCCUUUUCAAGAGCUGGAGCUGAGCCGCAGACACAAGUCUCACUCCGUCCCCGCUGCGAUGUGCGAGUUAGACAUUGACAUGGCUUACUCCACGUCUUCCCCUACGCUCUCAUCAGUAUCAUCCAUAACCCCUUCAUCGCCUGACAGAGCGCACGUGGGUGAUGGAGGAUCGCAGAUGAUAGCCCCCAAUGGGGUACAGGAGGAUGUAAGCUUGAAAGGAAGCGAAAGGGAAGUGACAGAAGAAAUACAGAAGGUUGUUGAGAUGGUUGCAGCAGAGUUAGCAGAGGGAAAUGGAUUAGUGGAGAAGUGGGUAGAGCAGGACUUGAUUAGAAAUGUGGAAAGAAAAUGCGAGAUGAUAAUAAAAGACAGAUCCGAGUUGGCAGAGGAAAACAGUAUUAUGUUGGAACAGGAGGGAUCUGCAGAGGAAGAGAGAGAUGUGACAAUUGAGCAUCUCGUCCUUAUUGAAGAUGGGAAUAAGGGGGCGGCGUGUGAGAUGGAGGAGGUAAAAGAGGUGCAGAAUCUGUCAGAAGAACAGCAUAAUCUGACUGAAAUUGGCGAUGAAGUGGAAAAAGGUGGUAGAAUAGAAGCAGAAACGGUCAAAGAGUGUAUUCACGAAACACCCGAGGCUCUAAAAGUCGAUGGGAAGAGUGAGAAAAGAGUCUACGGGGGUGACAGAAUGGAUGACACACAUGGAGAGCUGCAGUUUAAGGAUGAAAAAGGAGACAUUUGCAGGACAUCAGAAUUGGACGAGGAGGCCGAGGUGGACCAGCCUGUAGAUCGGCUCUCCCCUCAGGCCUGGGUUGAGGCACUUGAGGAACGUCAGCCCAGCGAUUCUGGGUCCAAUGAGGAAGAGGAGGAGGGAGGCGGAGAUGGAGACAAAGAAGAGGCAUUAGGGUCUCUGUUGGAAGAUGAGAAGACAGACCAAGGCUCAGAGGAGAAGGAGGAGGACGAAGAGAUUCCCCAAGCCAGAGAUGAGGAGAUUCUCGGUCAGGUUGAACAGGCAGAAAAAGACGUGUGUUCACUUUCAGGUUGGCACAGUGAUUCCUCCAGCGUCAACGUAGAACCACCGACGCCAGGCCGCAGUGUCAGCUCAGACCGGCUCGACAGGCGGGAAAGCCAAGAGAACUCUAGUGACUCCAUCACUUCCUCGUCUCGGGGAGAAUCAGGGAGGUCCCGACAGAACGGCGACAACUCAAAGCACUCACCUCAGGAUGCCUCAUCGGAAUCAUCGAACGGCAGAAAGGAAGAGGGAGCCCUGGUUUCAGAGAAAAAAGUCCAGGGUGAACAAGCAAAGAAUAUCCCCGGCGAGACGACGACAGAGGAACACUACUUGGACGCAGAUGGUAACCUCAUCAGUAGAAAAGUGAUCAGGAAGGUUAUUCGGCGGGUGUCUACUCCAACGCCAGACCACCAAAGAGGUGACAGGUGGCAUCGAGACCUUCAGCAGAGUCCCAUUCUGCAAGAGGACUGGUCCGAGCAAGGAGAAGGUUCGAGAAACAGCAGGCGAAAGGACGACAGACGGUCAGGGGAUAAAAAGCUUCACUCAUAGGGAUGGUUGUGCUCCACCAGAAACAAGCUAGAUGUUUCCUGGGGGUAAGAGUUCAGAGGGCUGCAGAGUUCCUGUGUGAGGACUUCAGGCAAAAGGGUCCAGUCUGCAACUAUCUGCUUCAAACAAACGGUUUUCACGUGACAGGAAUCGAACCCUUCUGAUGUACGCAUGAGCAUGAAAAACUCACCUCCUGUCAAAUCAAAGGGCCCGGGAGGGUUUCUCACUUUCUGACUGCGGUGGACCUGUGGACAAUGAUUCUGCUUCCUGUUUUGUGUGAAACGACACGUGCCAUCGGUCCACUGGUGUGUUUUGUGAGAGCUGUGUUUGAGGAGCGUCGUUUGUUGUGAAAAAACGAAGGAAAAAAGACUCCCUUAACUGGCGACCACACAGGUGCAAACUGUGACCAAAGAUGGCACAAAGAGCUCAAUCCACAUGUUGGGUGGAAAGAAUGAAGUAGACACAAUAACACAAAAAGAAACCUAAUGGAACACUUCUGAUCCAACUUCAACACUCGCCUUAUAGUUUUUUCUUGAACCCAUUGUUGUCAGGAUGUAAAUUGUUUUGGGAUUUUUUUCUUCCUUUUUAAAAACUUAAACUAACACGAAAAGCUUUUUUCUGUACAUAAAAAAUUACAACAUGUAAAAAUCUUAAAAAGGCGGGCGAUGUUACUGGUCGAGAGCGCGCCGAGGAGGAGAGGGAUCUUUUCAAGUGCUUUCAAAAAUUUAUCGAAGCGGUUCCACUUUUAAAGAUUUGAGUGUAACUUCACAGGUUCUUGUAUAAUUAAUUAUUAGAGCAGGUAUAAUGUUUGUAUAUGAAAACAAAAAGAGAGCUGGUUUGAUUUUAACAGAGGAAAUUUCCAGAAAAAAAAUCAAAUUUCAGUAAAAAAAAAUUCCCAAAGUGGGAAUUUGGAUCUAAUCCUACAAAAAGCAGCCUUUCAGAGUUCUCAUAUUUUCAUGCAUGCUGUUCACAUUAUUUUAAGUACGAUUUUUACAAGUUUGCAAAACACUGUAUUCAAAUGACAAAUAAAAAAACCCCUUUAUCUGUGUACACAUAUAGCCCCGAACAUUUGUCACGCCGAUUUUAUAUUUUAAAUUGAAAAAGGAUACCGUGAGAAACAUUUAUCAUGUCGGGGGAGGGGGUGGGGGGGUCGAGGACGGAAAAUAAAGCUCCAUAGCUUGUCGAGGGGUGUGAUGUCUCGUCUGUGUGUGUGGAACCGGGAGGGCAGCUUCUGCUACGAGAACGAAAUUAAUCUGAAUGUAAAACGCUAGUAGGCUGGCUCGCUGUAAAAUUAUAACUGUAUCGUGCGUAUUGGCUAUAAGGUGUAGGAGUCUCUGUACACUGUUAGACUGUUUGUAAUCAUUUUAGCAGUGUGUCAAUUUGAGUUUUUUUUUUUUUUCUAACGGCUGCUGUGGUAUUUAAGGAAAAACUGGGGGCAUUUCACUUUGGAAUUUUUUGUUUUCUUUUUUUUUGGUGACGUGUUUCCUUAAUUUAAAAAAAAAAAAUAAAACAAACCCUACUCACAUUAAGGACACAUUAAAGACAUUAUUUGACUGUAGCUCUAAAUAGCAUAUUGUAUGACAAAAACACUGGAUGGUCAAAAAAAAAACAAUUAUUUAAGCAUCGAAUAAAUUGUGUUUUAACUCUGAAACUGUGUGAUCUUUUUAGGCUUGAGAGUCUGUAUAUGCAGUGUCGAAAUAGAAGAUUUUGUUUUCACUAGCUCAUCGGCAGACAGUUUUACUUUACAUGACAUUAGGACAUUAUCUUUGUAUUGGUUUUCAUUAGAUGCCCAUGUAGUUCAAGUGUGGUGUUCUACUGGUGCGAUGGCUCAGUACGCUGAUGUCUAUGCUGUGGACAUGAAAACUAUGUAACUUUUUGGGGGCGGGUGGGGUUAAAGGAAGCCAGGUGAGGGUGCUGUACCACAUCCCCUUAUACUACUAUGUCAAUCAGGGGGUAGAGGAUCCUUUGAUAUGGUUGAAACUAUCGAUUUUUUGUCAAUUUUGUUUGAUAUGUGUUUUCACCUGAGCAGAUUUUUUGAUGUACAAUUCUUACUAACAGAGUGAAGCCAUUGAAAAAUGUAACUAUUCUAGCACUUUGGUUAUUCGAGGUCUUUUAGAGGCUAUAGCAGCAAUGAUGCCACCACAAAUGUUUCAGACGUCUUUAAAAAAAAAAUCUACCCAAAAAUCUACAAAAAAAAUAAAAAUGCAUUGAUUUCGCAAUACAA